AUGCCGGUUGUUGCUCGCCUUCAUGCAUCGGAUAUGCCAACAAGCAGGACCCAUUCGACUGAAGAGAAGGCUCACAAGAUCGAACUGUGGCUUCCCUCCAAGAUCUACGGAGAUGCAACAGACCCAGUGCAUCAAUGUGAUGCCACACUGAGUCAGUAUGAGUGGGAGCUUCGCAGGGCCCAGGCAUAUGAUGCGCUGGAUGACCUCCAACAUCACCUGCGCCUAUGCGCACAUCUUUACAAGUUCAAAGAUACCCAUAUUCGUGGCCAGCGAGCUAACACAUGCGCGUCAGCCAUCAUUGACAAGGUCGAGUCGAAUGUAUCCGUUGCUGCUGCAAGGUAUCGCAGAGCAUGGUCUGCACUCAAACGUCUCUCCCCUGCUCUGUCUUGCACUAUGUGGAAGGAGGAGUUCCCGAAAUUGGAGAAUGACGACAUCCGUGGGAUGUCUCAAGGCAAGCCAGGCCAAUCGUCUGGCAACUGUACAUUGUCCUGGAUAUGGAAGGCACGCGGCAUAGCUAGUGACGCUCCUGAAGGGGAGACGGUGCUCAACGAAUCAUUAAGAAUUGAAUGGUGCAAGUCUUGCGCACGAGCUACGUGUUGGGUUGAGGAGGUGCAACUUCUUGAAGAGGAGAUGAGGCGUGUUGCGGCAUAUCUCUUGUGGCAUGCUACGUGGUGGGAUGUGCAAGCAGAUCGUUGCACAGGGCUCACGCUUGCAGAGGUUGAAGGUAUCAGAGGAUAUGCAAAGCAUCAGGCAGCCAUGCGGCGGGAUCUCCAUGAUACAUUCCUUUCAAAGUGGGGUGCCGUGAAUGGCACUUUUAAUUUAAACUGUGAUCUAUUUACAAUGUUCUGA